UCUCCGGUGCCUAGAGUCGUCCAAUCGGCAGCCUUCGCUAUAUCGAACUUUAUUCGAGAACCUGAUGCUGACGUAAGAGUUUUGGUCAGUGCCGGGAUUGCGCCCAUGUUAUUACAACAUGUUAAUGCUGAAGCUGACAACUUGCCUGUAUUGGCGGAGAUUGCAUGGGUUCUCAUGUAUGCAAUGGCAAGUGGUGAAUUUGAAGAAGCAUUCAUCUCUCAUGAUGCUAUCCCAAAAAUUGUCGAUGUUGCUAGCCAGAUUGCCUCAACAGAGGUACAGAAUGUGCAGGCACUGACUCCGCUUAUUCGUUGUCUUGGUAACUUGUGUAGCGGACCAAUUCAUAACACAAAGAUGGUGACACAAAAUGACUGCCUCCUGACAGCAUUUCCAUUUCUACUAAACUCUCCACACAGGCACAUCAGGAAGGAAAGUUUAUGGUUGCUUAGCAACAUACUAGUUCAUGUUGACCUUUGCAAAUCUGUUGCUAAAAUACCAGACAUCAUAACCUACAUUGUACAAAGAUGUGCAGAAACAUUUGACAUUCAGAAAGAGGCUCUUGUCUGUCUCUGCAAUCUAGCCUAUAGUGGCUCCGACAGCUGCCAUCAGCUCCUGCAGCAUGGUGCCAUCCCUGCAGUGUUGGCCUUCCUCAAGUCACCGGACCCUGAACUGCUCACCAGAGCCCUCAACUUUAUUAGCAUGAUGCUAAUGCAUUGUGAAAUGAGCAGGAAAGCUUUUGAAGAGCAAGGUGGUGUUGAUAAUCUGGAACCACUUGCCAAUCACACUAUCCACAUCAUUCAGGAAUUAGCACAUCAGAUGCUGGAUAGGUAUUUCAGUGAUGCUAAUGAGACAGAGGAAUGUGAUGUAGACAGCUGAGGAAGGUGAAUUUGUGCCCCAUAGAGGGCACAAGAGCUGCUGAACAAUGGGCAUUAAAGGAUCCCAUACAGAAGAGCAGGCUUCCAGUCUCCAAGACAGAAAAGCAGACCUCCGGUCUCCUAUGUUAUCAGACAUUGACUGCUGCAGGAAUUUGCCAUCUGAGGACAAUGGACAGGAUAAAUCCCUCAGACAGCCCUAUUUUAGGAACUGUAACUUAGAUGUUUGGUUGGAUUAGCAAAUUAACUUUUUUGACAAGCUCCAUCUAACUAGAGAAAUUUUUCUCUGCUAGCACAGCAUCCUGUUGUCAAGUCUGAGACAGCCCGUGUUCCAUCAUAUACUCUCAUUCAUUCUUUAUCAAGUGAUGGACUAUGUGCCAUCAAAAGUACCCUAUCAAUAAUUGAAAAUGGUGCUCCUCAGAUGACUGAGAAACUAAUUGAAUUAUAGCCGACAUAUAUUAACAUGAAGCAAGUACCAGAGGUUUGAUGGACAUGGUGAUACCCAUAGCCAGCAGAGUUCAAAGAAGCAAUAAUGUAGAUAAAAACAUGCAAAAAGUAAAUUUGCGAGAGAUGGGCUAGUUUAGUUCCUAGAACUCUAGCUGGUCACAUGAAUACAGGAACUGCAGAUUUUUAUUAGGCUUCUCCAAAGGAAACUUGGGUAUCUGAUGGACUGUACUCUAAUUAAGUAAUUAAUUAUGGUUAUGGACAGUUUACCAGGAAGCAAGUACUUUUGAAUUUGUUGGUGUUUAUUUUCUUGAGUCAAUAAUUUUUUUCAGAAGACUACUUAUCUUUGAAAUAUCGGAGACAGAUGGUAGGCAGCAUUGUUUGUUUUGUAAUGCUAAAUCCUUUGACAGAUUAGGGAGUGCAUGGUAUGAGCUGUGUAUAAAUCCAAUGACCAAGGAAAAUGCCAUCAUCAUCUAUUAUAGGUGGAUAUUACGCUGACAUAGUACUAAUAAUUAUAUUUAAAUAAUUUUCUGAUACUUUUAUGGACCUGUUUAAUACUGUAUUAUGUCAAUACACAACUAAAUUGUUGCUACUAGAAAUAUUUUUAAUAAAAUUUUCAAAUCCAAAA